GGAGUUUUUAAAGUGGGCAGGCCGCCCCAAGAACCAGACAUUCGGGAACCGCCUGCCGCGCUGCGCCGGCGUUUGCUGCGCUCCCGCCCAGCUCUGCUGAGCCGGCCGUACAAUCCUCGGCAGUGUCCUGAGACUGUAUGGUCAUCUCAGCCGCCGCGCUGCCCGGCCCCGGAGUCUUCUGUUGCCGUUGGAGCCACUUUUUUUUACUCUUUCUUUCUUAAUUUCUUUCUUUCUGAACACCCAAGAAAGUGACUACUUUUUGAGGGGAAAAGGAACUUCGGUCCCUUUCUCGCUGCCCUCUUUUUGGCAUUUGACAGCCUCCUCCCACUCCUGUCCUAGACCCCGCCUCCCCGUGCAGGUUCCUCCCUGUCACCUUUCUCCACCCCUUUACUCUGUACCUAGCCAGCCGCCCGCAAACUUCCACCUGACUGUGCUGGGCUCUCAGGCUUGCGAGCACCUUUCACAUCGACCGGAUCCUCAGGGGGUGGGCCAGGGCCACAGCGAAGGCGGCGGCUGCAGCCCCACCGGCUGGGGAGCCCCAGUGCUCCGAGUCUCAGAGGGCCACAGCGACGAUGACAGCUGACAAGGAGAAGAAAAGGAGUAGCUCGGAGAGGAGGAAGGAGAAGUCCCGGGAUGCCGCAAGGUGCCGGCGAAGCAAGGAGACGGAGGUCUUCUACGAGCUGGCGCACGAGCUGCCCCUGCCGCACAGCGUGAGCUCCCACCUGGAUAAGGCCUCCAUCAUGCGGCUGGCCAUCAGCUUCCUGCGGACACACAAGCUCCUGUCCUCAGUUUGCUCUGAAAACGAGUCUGAGGCUGAGGCCGACCAGCAGAUGGACAACCUGUACCUGAAAGCCUUGGAGGGUUUCAUCGCCGUGGUGACCCAAGAUGGCGACAUGAUCUUUCUGUCGGAAAACAUCAGCAAGUUCAUGGGACUCACACAGGUGGAGCUAACGGGACACAGUAUUUUUGACUUCACUCAUCCCUGUGACCAUGAGGAGAUCCGCGAGAACCUGACUAUCAAGGAUGGCUCUGGUUUUGGGAAGAAAAGCAAAGACCUGUCCACAGAGCGGGACUUCUUCAUGAGGAUGAAGUGCACAGUGACCAACAGGGGCCGAACCGUCAACCUCAAGUCCGCCACCUGGAAGGUCCUGCACUGCACCGGCCAGGUGAAGGUCUACAACAACUGCGCCCCUCACAGCAGUCUCUGCGGCUACAAGGAGCCCCUGCUCUCCUGCCUCAUCAUCAUGUGUGAGCCCAUCCAGCACCCGUCCCACAUGGACAUCCCCCUGGACAGCAAGACCUUCCUGAGCCGCCACAGCAUGGACAUGAAGUUCACCUACUGCGACGACAGAAUCACAGAACUGAUUGGUUACCACCCAGAGGAGCUACUUGGCCGCUCAGCCUAUGAGUUCUACCAUGCACUGGACUCAGAGAACAUGACCAAAAGUCACCAGAACCUGUGCACCAAGGGUCAGGUGGUGAGUGGCCAGUACCGGAUGCUGGCGAAGCAUGGGGGCUACGUGUGGCUGGAGACGCAGGGGACGGUCAUCUACAACCCUCGCAACCUGCAGCCCCAGUGCAUCAUGUGUGUGAACUACGUGCUGAGUGAGAUUGAGAAGAAUGACGUGGUGUUCUCCAUGGACCAGACGGAAUCCCUGUUCAAGCCGCACCUGAUGGCCGUGAACGGCAUCUUUGACAACAGUGGUGAGGUGGCUGUUUCUGAGCAGAGUCACUUCCUGUACACCAAGCUGAAGGAGGAGCCGGAGGAGCUGGCCCAGCUGGCCCCCACUGCGGGAGAUGCCAUCAUUUCUCUGGAUUUUGGGAACCAGAACUUCGAGGAAUCAUCAGCCUAUGGAGAGACCAUCCUGCCCCCCAGCCAGCCAUGGGCUGAGGAGCUGAGGAUCCACGGUGCCCAGAGCGAGGCCGGGAGCCUGCCUGCCUUCACCAUGCCCCAGGCAGCUGCGCCAGAGAACACCAGCCCCAGUGCCACCAACAGCAGCUGCUCCACGCCCGACAGCCCUGAAGACUAUUACACGUCUCUGAACGAUGAUCUGAAGAUUGAAGUGAUUGAGAAGCUCUUUGCCAUGGACACGGAGGCGAAGGACCAGUGCAGCCCCCAGGUGGAUUUCAGUGAGCUGGACUUGGAGACGCUGGCACCCUACAUCCCCAUGGAUGGGGAGGACUUCCAGCUGAGUCCCAUCUGCCCAGAGGAGAAGCUCUCGCCCGAGAACCCUCAGCUCCUCCCCCAGCAGUGCUUCAGCACCAUGACGAACAUCUUCCAGCCGCUGGCCCCGAUGGCUCCUCACGGCCCCUACCUCCUGGACAAGUACCAGCAGCCACUGGAGAGCAAGAAGACAGAGCCUGAGCACCAGCCCCUGUCCUCUAUCUUUUAUGAUGGCGGGAACAAGGCGUCCCUGCCACCAUGCUGCGGCCAGGCCAGCACUCCCCUCUCCUCUUUGGGGGGCAGAUUCAACACGCAGUGGCCCCCUGACCCACCAUUACCCUUCAGGCCUGCGAAGUGGCCUGUGGCAGAUCAGCGCACUGAGGCCCUGGGGACGUCACCAUUGGGGGCCCCGGUCACCUCGCCUCAUCUCUCCAUGUUCAAGAAGAGGUCUGCGAAGGGCUUCGGGCCUCAAGGCCCGGACGUGAUGAGCCCAGCCAUGGUCGCCCUCUCCAACAAGCUGAAGCUGAAGCGACAGCUGGAGUAUGAGGAACAAGCCUUCCAAGACAUGAGUGGGGGGGACCCUCCAGGCGGCAGCCCAUCACAUCUGAGGUGGAAAAGGAUGAAGAUUCUCAGGGGCUGCGGAAACUGCCCUUCGAUGCCUGACAAGCAGCUGAAUGCCAGCCUCCCGAGUGAUGAGUUCACCCAAAACCCCAUGAGGGGCUCGAGUCAGCCUCUGAGACACCUGCCGCCACCACAGCCCCCGGCUGCCCUGAGCCCCAGGGAGAGCGCCAAGAGCAGGUUCCCCCCGCAGUGCUGCGCCUUUCAGUACUCAGACUAUAGCCUGCCAUCAGCUCAUAAGGCUGCAGGUGUGGCAAGCCGGCUGCUCGGGCCCUCGUUUGAGCCCUACCUGCUGCCCGAACUGACCAGAUAUGACUGUGAGGUGAACGUCCCUGUCCCAGGAAGCUCCACGCUCCUGCAAGGAGGGGAGCUUCUCAGAGCCCUGGACCAGGCCACCUGAACCAGAGCCUCCCACAGGGCAGGCCCCCCGCACGCCGUCCCGCCAGCGUCACUCUCUGCGUCUGUUUUUGCAGCUAGGUAUUUCUAACACAACCCUUUUUACAAGAUGCUCUUCUCACCUGGCAAACUCGCCCAGGUCACCAAGUAUGGCCUUUUUCUGCAGAUGCUCACUUUACUAUCUAUAUUUUUAAGAUACACGAUUGUCUGGCCUGUGUUGUAUUCUGUCAAUGAAAAUAUUCUUAAAUUUUGUAAGAUUCCCCUCCCCAACUUCAAUCACUUCUAAUUUAUAUUACCCAUCAGCCUCUCUCUGUCACACACACGCACAGUAUUCACGCUGACAAGUUUGGGGGGUGUGUGUUCCAGUGCAGGCGAAGCUCCGCUCCAUUUAACUAAAAAGAUGCUGUUGUUGUUGCCAAAGAGAAACAAAGUAAUUUUGCUUUCAAGCUUGAUUCGCGUCCUCCUCACGCUCGCGCUCUCGCGGUCCUUCUUUCUUCCUUUAAAACUAAUCGCCAUACUGUAAAUUUCAGUCUUUUAAGCCAACUCUUCGCUCUAAUCUUCAUGACUUCUGGGGAAAAAAAAGAAAUGUGAAGGGCGGACUCCAGUGCAUGUGGUUACCUGGGAAAGUUGCCGUGUGGCUUUCCUGAACUGUUUGGUGUUCCCCCCGGUUUGGUGGAUUAUUUUUUAAUUAUUAUUAUUCAAAACCAUAACUGAGUUUUUUAAAACUUUAUACCUGGGUUAAGUGUUUAUCAUAUAUAUGGGUACUUUGUAAUAUCUAAAGACUUAGAAACGGAAAUGCAAUCCUGCUCACACAAUCACUUUAAGAUUUUUUUAAGCUGUUAAUUUUCCUUUUCUUGCUGACACUGCGCAAUUCCUCUCUGGUGGCUUUUGCUUUUGGGGUGUGCCAUAGCGUGACAAACAAUCCAAGAAGCGGAAUCAUUAGGUGGGAGCGCUGCGGGCUGUCCUCUCCUCGUGUUCUGUGUGCAUCGUGUAUGUAUGUAUAUAUUAUUAUUGCUGCCGGUGGGGCCUGAGGGCGCGUCACGGGCUAGGGGCUUGGGGGUGGGGCGCAUCGAAGGGAGAGGAAGCGCUUUAAUUUCCCUUAAGGUCGUGUUGCUAGCCCUGCGAGUGCACCGAGCUGUGGGACUCUCAUGGGCUCUCACGUGGCACAUUUGGGUAUUUCCAGAACUACCAUGAGAUGGCUUAGAUGGGAAUUCGUGAAAGUAAGCAAAGAUUCAGAAACGGUGCAAUGACCCAGUCCAUGUCUCCCCAGCUUACCACCUGGGGGUGCAUGGAGCUGAACUGAGAGGGGGUACAGAAAAGGGGGGCAGCUGACCUGACCAGCCCCAUCCCGCUGCCCCCUCCUCACACUGCCCUGUAAGACCAAGGUGCAGUGCCCCUCGCUGGCAAGCAGCAGGCAGACUGCGGGGACCGCCCCAGCCUCAGGCCCUCCCCCAGGUCUGCCUGUCACUUGAAGUGACUUGUAUAGGUAGGAAGCACUGGAAACAGAGUGUUCUCAGAGCACUUUAACUCACUGGGUAAGAGGGAUGAUACCUUCGGUUUUUACACACCAGUCAUACGGAACUUAUCUGUCAUGGGUGCAAUGAAGAAGUUUCUAGAAACACACACCUGAAGUGCAACAGUGUCAACAAGCCUGGAUGCACUCUGCCAAAAACAAAACAAAAUUUACAUUUCAGAAAACUCAUCAGUUACAUGAAAAAAACGACCUAUUCCCUGUGUUGCCCAAAUCACGCGUCAGCAGCACAGCUCCGUCCUCCGCACGGCGACAGGGCCGGAAGGGUCAGUGCCACGCCAGUGCUGGCGUGGAUUCCUGCGUGCACUGCCUCGGCGGUGGGGGCGUGUUACCCUUGCGGUUUUACUAAAACACUCUGAAAAAUAUUCCGAGCUUCAAUAUUAACUUUACCUGUCAACGUAAUGAAUUCAUGUACAUUGUUCUUUUGUCGAAUUCCUACUGACAUUAUUGCUAUAUGGGAGCUUAACUUUAUAAGGAAAUGUAUUUUGACACUGAUAUCUUAUUAAAGUAUUCUGAUCCUA